AGACACUUGACUUUUGGCUCCUGUCACCUGCUCCACCGCCUGCAGAUCUCGACACGACCUCCCAAUCAUUAUCGCGACUUUACAUGUUUUGCGUACGGUGAAACCCCACGGAUGGCAGGUUUGAGCAGCCGCAAUGGCUCUGACUUUGGAGGACCAGAGGAGGAGGACUCGAUAAUAUCGACACGAGGAAUCGAAGCAUUUGGGCGGAAGGUCACGACGACUGCUGGGCAUCUUUUAAUGCCACUGGCAACUGGGGACCCUCCUUCAAGUACACAUUAUCAGACUGCAAUGAGCGACUUGCACAAACAGCUAAGACGACCAAACCUACAAAGAAGCGUGUUCUCUUUUGCCAAAACUACACCUACCGACCUUGUUCGUUCAAAGCUAUCAACCUCAGAAAUCCAAUACCGAGCCCUGACAUAUCUACCUGACGAGCUCCUGGCGAAUAUUCCCGAUGAUGAAAACACAUAUUCCUUGUUUCAGGGCUUUCAAGCCACGAUGCCAGAGAACAGCGCGGAUAGUAAACGGCAUCGAAGGCGGAUAUCGAGGGGGAGAAAGCUUUUAGAGGACGACAAGUCGGAAUCAGAGACCCCGCCAAAUAUUGGGAAGCUCAAGAGGGAGAAGAACUCCUUGAACCACCAGCUAGAGAUGAUGAGUAUUCGCAAGAAUAUGGCCAGCAGCGAGAUUCACGAGAUAGACAACAAGAUUGCGAAUCUUAAUAGCAUGCGGAAGAUAAUAUUGGAAAGAUUAGCAGGGCUAGAACAGGAGGAGGCUCUGCUGGAGCAUGACAUUAUGGAUGUUGAGAACCGACUUGAAGAUGCUCAAGAGCAACUGGACGAUGCUGAAGCAUUUGCUCUGGCUGCAAAGGAAGAGGAAGAUUUAGACAAGCCAGACGAUUCAGCAAUGGAUGCAUCUUUCAUGUCCGAGUCGAUAUAUGAGAAGCUCCCUUCCGAAAAUAGCACACCAACAAGACCGAAACGGCAUAAGACCAUUCGCCGCAAGUCGAUGCCCAUUUUGCAUGAGCAUUUUGAACCUGGGUCUAUGAUCAGAGAGAUUCAAGCUCAUAAUGAUAAUAUCACAGCUCUUGAUUUCGAUGUUCCUUUUGGUACUAUGGUUACCUCUGCUCUUGACGAUACAGUUCGCGUCUGGGAUAUGAGUGCAGGGAGGUGUAUUGGCCUUUUGGAAGGCCAUACUGCUUCUGUACGAACUCUUCAAGUAGAGGAUAAUAUCGUUGCGACAGGUUCCAUGGAUGCAACAAUUCGGUUAUGGGAUCUCAGCAAAGCACGUUAUGAACCACAAGAUAACCGUAUCAAUAAGGGCGUUGAUGAAGACGAGGAUCCUUUAGCAUUUGGCAAUCCGGAAGAUGAAGAAUUCGAACCGCCUAUGGACAGCAUGGCAGACUGUCCAUUGUUUACCUUGGAGGCUCAUGUGGACGAAGUCACUGCAUUACACUUCAGAGGCGAUACCCUUAUUUCGGGUUCGGCGGAUAAGACACUUCGACAAUGGGAUCUCGAAAAAGGGCGCUGCGUACAGACUUUAGACGUCAUGUGGGCGGCAGCUCAAGCAUCCGCAACUAUGGGUUCUAGCGAGGGUGGUUGGCGGCAGACCGGCCGAUUGCCAGAUGCAUCAGCAGAUUUCGUGGGAGCUGUACAAGUAUUUGAUGCUGCACUCGCUUGUGGGACAGCAGAUGGUAUGGUCAGAUUAUGGGAUUUGCGGAGUGGCCAAGUUCAUCGGAGUCUUGUUGGACACACUGGUCCAGUAACUUGUCUGCAGUUUGACGAUGUGCAUUUGGUCACAGGUAGCGCGGAUCGUAGUAUUCGAAUUUGGGAUCUUCGGACAGGUGCAAUUCAUGAUGCCUAUGCAUACGAUUCUCCAAUCACAAGCAUGAUGUUUGAUAACCGCAGGAUCGUUUCGGCCGCAGGUGAAGAUGUAGUAAAAGUGUACGAUAAGCUGGAAGGGCGACACUGGGAUUGCGGUUCGGGCGUCACCGCCGAAGAAGAAAGCAGAACCCCUGCCAUAGUGGAACGCGUCAGGAUCAAGGAUGGGUACCUGACCGAGGGCAGAAGGGACGGAAAAGUAGGAAUAUGGACGUCUUGAUCAUCUGGACCAUGGAAUAGCAUAUAGAGGCGUUUUGCUGGUGGGAGAAUCGACCAGGGGAUGGCUCCUUGUAAAUAUUUGUACGGAUAUACCUCCAAUACAUAUUGCCGUUCGAGGAAAGCGACUCCGUCAGUCUACGUUCAGUGCCAAUGCAUGGAUGUUACAAUGCUUCCAUCUUCUAGCUGCUUAUCUAAGCUGCUUCUCUG